UUUCAUGUGUUAAUUUAUUCAUAAAGACUGUUUUAUUUGCAAUUAAUUGGAGUUCAUUGUGGCAGUUUUAAAUCUGUGUUUGUUCAACUCUUUUUGGUCGAUUCAAUGACAGAUCAAAGGUGAAAUUGGUUGGCACUUUUAUACUGAAAAGUUUCAAUUUUAGCUGAAGUUACAAUUGUUUUGGACAGUGAAUAGAGUUCAUCAUGGUGUCUAAUUCAAUGUUAUUGAAACGAUUAUGCUUACUGUUUGGUUUUAUAUUGGCCACAACAUCAACAGUUUAUGGCGGCAAUUCGCUGUUUGGUUUACCCAUUGAAUCACCAAAAGCUAAUAUCCACAUUGAAGCUGUUCUUAUUGAUUUGAAAACCAAUGAAGAAUGGAUUCUAACUGAAGAUUUGGCUGGUAUUUCCGAACUCCAUGGAAAAAUUCGUGUUACACAUGAAAACAAAAGCAUCGAUAUUUUUUACCAUGAGAAGUACGAUGAUAAACGUCUUAUUAUAAAUGAUUUAGAAUGCCGACGGAUGGAUGAUCAACCAUCAUAUUGGAGUCGACCUUUGCCUGAUGUCCGUAACCAAGUAAAAAAAAUGCUCAUCCAUUUAGGCCCAUCAGUCAUCUACCGGCUCAAGUCAUUAAAAUGGAAAGAUUCAAUUGAAACUGGAAUCAAUGGAAUGAAACAAAGACGGGCUAACCUCGAUAAAACUUUAUCAAUUACGGCUUCGUAUAAAUCAAACAAUACUAAUGAUAUUGAUAAGCUUGCUCGACUGAGCUUUUCUGAUAUUUCUGGAUCAUCUUUCGGCAAUAAAACUUCUGCAAGUUUGGUCCUAGAGAUUGUCAGUCAAACCAUCGUUAAUGAAAAUCUUGAUGAUCGAGUUGAGCCAACCCCUGGUAUUGGAUGCCCGAAUUAUUUCCAUGGUGAUCUAAGUUUUCCUGAAUUGAAAACUCGUCAACUUCACUUUGCUGCAACUGAGCAAAUAACCAAUUCCAAUGGCACUAGAAAAGUUGAUCUCGAGGUGUACGUUGAUUUAGAUAAAAAAGUUACUCGCAUUGACAUGGAUCAGAAUUUUACAAUCAACGACUUCAAUUUAGCGGUUUCAUAUGUUUUCAAUCAUGGUAAAUGUUCAAUGACUGCAUUUAGUGACAAAGUUGAGGGGCUAAUUGGUGGUGAGUUGAAUAUUAACGAAUUGUUAUGGACAAAUGACCAAUACAAAUAUGUUGGUAAGACAGUUUAUGAACCAAGAGCUCAAGGAGUAUUUGAUACUUGGGAAUCAAUUGAGUAUGGAAGAAACAUCGAUGGAGUUAAAUUUGACAAAGUAGUUACUACUCAAUACAUGGCUAAAUUGAGCGGACCGAAUGAUAACAAAACAUCGAAUAACUACAUCCCAGUUGCUGUUAUUCGUGUUGGUUACAACAAAGACUCGAUGGGCAAAUAUCAAGUUCAUGAAUCAAGAAGACGGGAUAUUCUAGAGUUUCAACGUGCCAUAACACCACCUCAAUAUGAAAACCUAUUUCAAAUAACCGAUUGCUUUGAUCCACAAGAAAGGAAAUAUUUAACUUUUGAUAUCAGGAGUGAAAAUCAUGACUAUUCUUGUAAUUUUGUGACUCAAAGAGCAGAAGAAAAUAUCUAUGAAUUCAAAGAAAGUUUCAAACACCUUUUGACUAAAAACAUUUCACCUUUACGAAUAAGCUCAAUGAACUUUAAUUUCCAGUCUGACAAAAUAUCAUCAACAGUUGAAUUUCUAGAGAAGCCGGCACUCGAAAAAUCGUUCAAGAAGCAAGAUAUUCAGCUCAGGGUGGGCAGCAAAAUGUUCACUCAUUUUGAUGCUAUCAAAACCAAAUCUUUAAAUGAAUGUUUGAAAACACAAGUAGCGAACAGCUUUUUCAGGAAAAUACUUCAUUGCCCUUCUGCUGAUGGCCUUUGUGCUCAGUUAGACGACCCUUUAAAUCAAACGCAAGAUAAUGGAGAUCCUCUAACAGAAUGUAGUUUGUACACUUUCCCUUUGACAAUUAAAGUGAGACUGGCUAAAGAGUAUGGACUGUCACAUUUGCAUAGGGAACUAUUAGGAACUAAAAACAUGAUUUUCUCCAUGCACUGUGGCAAUUGUUCGAUUGCUGAAAAGUCGCUGAAAUAUCGCAUGAUAAAUGUCUAUGACUACAAUUAUUUUGGCGAUUCUUCCAAAGAGCCCAGGUUUACUGAGAUUCAAAAGUUACAUAAACUUGACCCUAAAGUGAAAAGUGUUCAAAUUGUUAAAGGCCCGAUUCGCGAUUUUGCUGAUUGUUACAACAGUUGUGCUUCAUCUCUUGAUGGUAGUUGUUCAACUUUCACACAUUGUAUAAGUGGGGUUUCUCAUGAAUGUUACACCACAGUUGAGCCGUUUACAGGAAAUAGCACCGUAUUUCAUCCGAAUUGCACCACUUAUGCACGAGACUACCUUAUUGAAUAUCAAAAGACUCCUGCAAAAGAGUUUCUCGAUUCAAAUCAAAGAGAGCACUUAUAUUCCGUGUCUGUUGCCGACUGUGCCACUUUAUGCCAUCGAUCUAAUAGUUGUUUAACAUUUCAGUAUUGUGGUAACAAUGUUUGCUCAUUUGCGGGACCUUAUACGUCUAAAAUCAUCAAACCUAAUUCAAACUGUGACAUUUAUGUUCCCAAAAAAUCUCAUGAAUUCAUGUUGACUGGAGAAUCAUUAGUUAAUCAAGUAAUCACCACCGUGAGUGGAUUGAACUUAGAGCAAUGUGCUGCUCUAUGUUUCGACUGGAAAUAUGGCAAUGAGAGCUGUACAUCGUUUAACUACUGUCCGACAGGCAGAUCAGAAAGCACAUGUGCACUUACCAAAUACUCCGUCGGUGAUUCAACAGUGGAAACUACCGCAUCUAAUUAUUGUUUCAAUUUUGAAUUGAUCAAAUCUCGAACAAGGAAACAUAAAGGACAUGCUUUCCUGCGUAAUGAGGAGCUCGGAAAUGCUGGGACAUCAAUCUCAUUGGCUUUUCUUGUUGUCGGCCUUGCCUUAGGAGUUGCAAUUACCUCUAUGUAUCACACGUUUCACAAUCGACACAAGUAUAGGGUCACUAGUGCGGAUCAAGAAUCUAAUGAUUAGUCCUUUGAAGUUUAACCAAGUUCUUAUCUUGUUGUUGGAAAGGUAUUUUUUGGAUCAAUAAACAUCUUCAAGAAAUAA